UCGACAUGCCGAAAAUUAAAAUAAGAAAAAUGAAAUCUCAUGAGAUACGUCCAAAUACCCGUACCCGUGGACUCUCCACUUCCAAAAGCUUUUUCCGUCUCUCUCGCAUGGCGUAUUUCUGCACUCAGGUUCUAUCCACUUCCUUCUUUACUCCCAAACCUCAGAUUCCAGUGCUGUUGAAUCCAGGCGUAGCUUGCAUCAAAAGCUUUCAUCAGUAUAGGUUUUUGCAUAUUAAGGCAAUGCAAGACGAUAAGGUUUCAACACCUACGCCGUCCGAUGAGUGCAUGGUUAGAGUUCCGCAUGUUCUGACGGUUGCCGGCUCCGAUUCUGGCGCCGGAGCCGGAAUUCAAGCGGAUCUCAAGGCUUGUGCUGCUCGGGGAGUUUAUUGCUCCACUGUGAUCACUGCUGUUACUGCUCAAAACACCGUAGGGGUUCAGGGCGUGAACAUUGUGCCAGAGGAUUUUGUGGCGGAGCAGUUGAGGUCGGUGCUUUCUGAUAUGCAUCCCGAUGUGGUGAAAACAGGCAUGCUUCCGUCAAUUGGCAUAGUGAAAACUCUCUGUCAAAGUCUGAAGGAAUUCCCGGUACAAGCCUUGGUGGUUGACCCUGUUAUGGUAUCCACAAGUGGACAUACGUUAGCUGGUCCCUCUAUUUUGGAUAGCUUUAGGGAGGAGCUUCUUCCCAUGGCUGAUAUAGUGACCCCAAAUUUGAAAGAGGCGUCCGCUUUACUAGGUGGUGUGCCAUUGGAAACAAUUGCUGACAUGCGCUAUGCUGCAAAAGCUAUACAUGACAUUGGUCCAAGAAAUGUACUUGUGAAAGGAGGUGAUCUCCCUGCUUCCGUUGAUGCUGUGGAUGUGUUUUAUGAUGGGAAGGAUUUCUAUGAGUUUCGGUCGUCACGCAUAAUGACACCAAAUACUCAUGGAACUGGCUGCACUUUGGCUUCUUCUGUCGCAGCUGAGCUAGCAAAGGGUUCUCAAAUGCUUUCUGCUGUUAAGGUAGCUAAACACUACAUUGAAGCAGCCUUGUCUUAUAGUAAGAACAUCGCCAUUGGAGGUGGGCGUCAAGGUCCCGUGGAUCAUCUUUUGAAGCUUAAGAGUAAUGUGCAGCGACGAUCUUUUGAUCCUUGUGAUCUCUUUCUGUAUGCUGUCACCGACUCCAGGAUGAACAAAAGGUGGGGUCGUUCAAUAGUUGAUGCGGUAAAGGCUGCCAUAGAAGGAGGUGCCACCAUUAUUCAGCUGAGGGAAAAGGAGGUUGAAACUAGUGAUUUUCUGGAAGCAGCAAAAGCUUGUUUAAAAAUAUGCAGAGUUCAUGGUGUUCCUCUGCUGAUCAAUGACAGGAUUGAUGUAGCUCUUGCUAGUGAUGCUGAUGGUGUUCAUAUUGGGCAGUCCGACAUGCCUGCUCAUGUUGCACGGGCUCUUCUUGGGCCUGACAAAAUCAUUGGUGUAUCAUGCAAAACACCGGAGCACGCCCUGCAAGCAUGGAUAGAUGGGGCUGAUUACAUUGGCUCUGGGGGUGUAUAUCCAACCAAUACCAAAGAGAACAAUAAGACGAUUGGUUUGGAUGGCCUGAAAACUGUUUGUUUGUCAUCCAAAUUACCAGUUGUAGCCAUUGGCGGCAUAGGCAUCUCUAAUGUUCAGGCUGUAAUGGGACUAGGGGUCCCUAACCUGAAAGGCGUUGCUGUUGUAUCUGCUCUAUUUGAUAGGGAAUGUGUUUUGACAGAGACCAGAAAGCUACUCGAGGUGCUCAAGGAGUCAACCAAAUGAGCAAAUUGAAGAAAUGCUGGAGAUCACCACACACUUCCAGGCAAAGCAACCUCAAUUUUUGUUACCAAAAGAUUUCUUGAUUAAACUUUUGAAAGUAAACACGUGUGUGUAGAGAAGUAAAUGCAGACACUGGGAUUUCGAUAUCGUUUCAUUGAUGCCGGUACAGUAGGAGAUUGAAACUAAACAUUUUCUUGAAGUUCAGUACGUGUUCAUUGCCAAGGUUGAUGUUUUACUUUGUCUUUCAAGUUUUUUUAUUUUUUUUAUUUUUUUAUUUGGAAUUCAUGCCUCUCAGAGAUAUCUGAUAUCUCUGAUCUUAGUCUGUUAUAUACUCCCUUGCCAUUUCAGGUGGAUUUUUGUGUUGGUAUUGGAGGGUCUCUUGUUAGCUCAAUACUUCAGUGGGAGUCCUGGAGAUAUGUAUCUAUGUGCAAUAAUUGCGAAAUCUAGUUAAUCUCUUGUUUUAGUGAUGAAAAUAAACUCAAAUUUUAUGUAGUA